AUGGCCACCGCCGAAAAGCCUCAGGAGAAACAGAAGCAGUUUGAGAUCCCCGAUGACCAGUUAUCGGAUGAGGACUAUGAUAGUGCCGAUGACUACUCGGAAGAUGACCAGGAUGAGGUGGAUAAUGCCCCAGUCCAGAACAACCAGCUUCAACGUCGUCGGCGGCAACCGCCUCAGCAGCAGGACGACUUGGAAGAAUAUUCGGACGACGAUGACUACUAUUCCGAUGAUUUCACGGAUGAUGAUAUGGAAAACAGUGCUAUGCAGCCUUAUCAGCGUCCAGCUGGCGGCGAGAAGCCCUCGGGGGGCAUGAACGUGAUUGAUGAAAAGAAGAAGAGCAUCGACGAUGAGGAGGGUAUGAAGCUCAAGCUUGAGCUAAACCUCGAGAUUGAAAUUGAGUUGAAAGCUCAUAUUCACGGUGACCUGACCCUAGCUCUCAUGUAA